UAUAUUGCACCUUCUUGCUAAGUGAUAUUCUAAGCAAGUGUAAGAUUAAAUUUAAAGAAAGGAAAAAUGGCUCAACUGCAAAGGGCAGAAGGUCAAGCAGAGCUCAAGUGUGACCCAGACAAGUUCUUUGAUGCUUGGUCUUGCAAGCUACACCUUGUACCCAACAUGUCCCCUGAUAAAUUUCCCAAAAUUGAGCUGAAUGAGGGGCAAUGGGGUACGGUUGGUGCUGUUUAUAACAUGGUAAACUGUGUAGUCAGUCAAGAGAUCGGCGAACACGCGUUGGUGAAGACAAAAAUUGAAGAGGUCAAUGAAGAAAAGAGAUGUGUGGAGUAUAGCCAUCAUGGUGGAUUGAUGAUGGAUAAAUACUACAAGACUUUUAAGUCAAAGUUUCAAGUAACUCCAAAGAAAGAGGGUUGUAUUGUGAAGUGGAGCUUUGAGUAUGAGAAAAUUAAUGAAAAUAUUUCUGAACCGAAGUACAUCGACUUCCUGCUUGGCGCUGCAAAAGAUGUUGAUGCCUGUCUUUGCAGUGUUUGAUGUCAUCUUGAUAUGCAUGUAAUACUCGUGCAAUUAGCUGCUUGCCCUACUUCAUUACUAUAAAUAAAUGGCAUCGGCAUGCCAUACUAUGUGGCAUAUAUAAGUAUGCAUCGAAUUAUCUUAUAUUUAUACUAGUACUAUUACAACAUUAUCCAA